AUGAAGUUCUUCGCUGCCGCCGCCACCCUUCUCGCCGGCUCUGCCCUGGCUGCCCCAGCUGUCGACAUUGAGGAGCGUCAGCUCGGCAGCACUACCCGCAACGACCUCGAGGAAGGCAGCGCCGGUGACUGCCCAGAGGCUAUUUUCAUCUUUGCGCGCGCCACUGGCGAGCCCGGUAACAUGGGCGCCUCCGCCGGCCCCGCCGUUGCCGGUGUCCUCGAGAGAGAGAUCAGCAGCGUCUGGAUCCAGGGCGUCGGUGGCCCCUACGAUGCCUCAGUCGCGGACAACGUCGGCCGUCUGGGCACCUCGCAGGAGGCCAUUGACGAGAUGACCCGCCUCUUCAACAUGGCCAACGAGAAGUGCCCCGACAGCGCCGUCGUCACGGGCGGCUACAGCCAGGGCACCGCCGUCGUCGCCGGCUCCGUGAGCACCCUCGACGCCGCCGUCCAGGAGCAGGUCAAGGGCGCCGUGCUCUUUGGCUACACCAAGAACCAGCAGAACGACGAGCAGAUCCCCAACUACCCCACUGACAGGACCGAGAUCUUCUGCAACGCUGGCGACCUGGUCUGCAGCGGUACCCUGAUCCUCGCGGCGCCACACUUUGCCUACACCACCACGGCGCGUGGCCCUGCCGCCGACUUUUUGGUCCAGCAGAUCAACAGUGCCUAG